AUAUAUUUAGUUGGUGACAUUAGUACUGACAUACUUUAUGUGACCAUAUGUUUUGCAAGAUGUCGGGUGGGCCCAUCAACUCCGCACGUAGUCGCAGCACAUCAGGGAGACGAGGACGUCACAACUCUGUAGAUCUUGCAUGUGACGUUACCCCAGUAUUGGACGCAGGGCAUACUCUGUCUAUUAGUCCACAAGGUUCUAUUCAUGCAGCAACAUCAUCGCAUAAUGGGAAGCAGAAGGGAAGAGGUCCAAACAAACCAAAAAGGGCUGCAAGAAGACCAGAUGAAAGACCAUUUAUACAAAUUUCGCAUAAAGGCACCUUCUUGGAUGUUGAAGUCCCCAGAUUGAUUACGACCCUAUGGAAGAGGGUUUAUGAUGGUGAUUACUUCACCUAUGACUUGUUCCCAGAACAGAAAAGGCUGCAAGUGUGGGAGUUGUUUAAGACACAUUAUCAAUGGGGUUUAGAGGAUGAGGAUGCAGUCUGAAAGGCGUUCUUAAGAUCAAUGAAGAAAGGAUGGGGCGAUAA